GAUCGCGACUCGAUUCCGGCUGCGAACUCGGCGCGUUGCACUUGCAUUGCUGCCGGUAUUCCUUUUUGCGCCCGCGGCAUUUAUCUGCACUUCGGCGUCUCACCUGACCUCAGGUAUCGCGUCUCCUGUCACGGUCACGGUAGCUCUCGCCUCGCAUACGGAGCGCCUCCCUUCAUUCGAGCUUCCAAGCCUUACCCGGCCAGUCGCCGUGUACAUCACCGGCCGAGCUCCGACUUGCAGCGGCGACCCGUAUCCUGAACCUGCGCUUCUAGUACUUGUUCCGCCUCCCACAAUACCGUCAAAAUGUCGACGCAGAAUAGUAUUUACUCGAGCGGGCAGUUCAUGAACCCCGGCCCCGCGCCGCGGCCCCCUACGGACAAGCCCCGCCUGGGUCUCAUGCCCAACGUGAACCUCACGAACAGCAUGUCGAACAUGAGCAUCUCCUCUCCAGUAUCAAGCACCUACAGCGGGUCUACCAUAGCCCUCCCAAUUUCGAGGCAAGGAUCCAACAAUUUGGAUGGUUCCGGAGGAGUCGCCAUCGUCAAGCAAGGCUAUGUCGGUCUCCCGAGCAAGAAUCCGUUUCAACAAUGGAAGAGCCGAUACCUUAUCCUACGCCAGGACAACCUGGACUUCCACAAGAACGAGAACGGCAAGUGGCUGUACAAGAUCCAGCUUUCGGACGUGGUUAGCGUCGACCGGGUACCUGACGACAAUGGUGACCCCGUCUUUGAGCUCAGGAGGAACGUGACCAAUGCGUACCCUGGCCCUCCCGGAGAUGACGACGGCAACGGCGUGCGAUCUCUGCGCAUUUGCGUCAAGACCGACGAUGAGCUAUACGAGUGGAUUGACUGUAUCUACGCCCGCUGCCCAGGCGGUGUCAGCAAUCCCUCCAACUUCUCGCACGCCGUGCAUGUCGGCUUCAACCCUCAGACGGGACAGUUCACUGGGCUGCCGGAGGAGUGGACCAGGCUGCUCAAUUCGUCCGCCAUCACCAAGGAAGACGUGGAGAAGAAUCCCCAGGCCGUCUUUGAAGUUUUGGAUUUCUAUUCCGACAUGACGAAGCGCGCCGAGAAUCCCGAUCAUUACGGCAAUGCUCCCAUGCCCAUCGCGUCUCCAAACUCCAUGCAGAGCGACCAGUAUGGCUAUCCGAGCGGCAACUCGGUCGCGCCGCCGCGGCAGCCGAAACCUAUACAGCGCAGCCCGGCAUCUUACUCGACAACGCCCUCGCCCCAGCCCGUCACUACUCCAUCGCCUAGGCCGGCAGAUUACCAAAAGCAGCAGCUGCAAGGGGUGUCGCCCAACUACAUCUCGGCCGACCGGAUGCGGGAAGAGCAGCGUGCGCGGGAACUCGAGAAGCAGCGUGCAGAGAGAGAGGAGCAGGCUCGCCGGGAGCUCGAGGCGUACAACGCGUCGCUUCCCAAGACGAAAGUCCCUCUUGCCCAGCAAGAGAUUGGUGGCGGCUUUUCGAGUCCUUCGCCCCAACCCGACCGGUACAACCCGACACGAGCCGCGCCCAAGGCGCCCCAAGGCCAGUCGCUCAGGGCACAAAGACCUGCGCCAGCUCCUCCGAGCAACUCUUCCGCUCAAUCCCGACCUCCUCUUUCGCAGCAGCAAUCCAGCUCUACCUCGGCCCGUGACCCCGCAGCUCAAGCGCAGAGGACGCCUCGACCGGACCAGAACAACGGUCCUCCAGCGGCUGCCCGUUAUCCCAACGGAGCGCAGGCAAGGGGUCCCAACGGCCAACCUCAGGCGCAGCAGCCGUCGCGCAUGCCGGCGCCCGUGAAGCCCCUGAAUGUUUCGAAGCCCGCGCCCAGCUCGGCCAACUCGGAUGCCGUCAAGGCUGCUGAGGCUGCCCUGACUGCUAAGCCUCCUCCUUCGGAGCGCAAGCAGGACGUGCGCAUGUCGACCAUGUCGGAGAACGAGGUGAUGGCGAAGCUGAGGGAGGUCGUGUCCAGGGACGACCCCAACAGGCUAUAUGCUAAGCAAAAGAAGAUCGGCCAAGGCGCGUCCGGCUCCGUGUACGUGGCCAAGGUCAUGGGCCAAAGACCCGGCGUCCCGGUGAACCCAAAGACUCGCAGCACCAGCGAUCGUGUCGCCAUCAAGCAGAUGGACCUUGCUCACCAACCCCGCAAGGAGCUGAUUGUUAAUGAGAUUCUGGUCAUGCGGGAGAACAAGCACCCCAACAUCGUCAACUUCCUCGACGCCUUCCUUAUGGACAACGACAAGGAGCUCUGGGUCGUCAUGGAAUACAUGGAAGGUGGUGCCCUGACGGAUGUUAUCGAGAACAACCCCGUCAUCACGGAGGAGCAAAUCUCGACCAUCUGCCUUGAGACCUGCCAAGGCCUCGAGCAUCUGCACUCGCAGAACAUCAUCCACCGUGACAUCAAGAGCGACAACGUCCUCCUGGACGCCCGCGGAAACGUCAAGAUUACCGACUUUGGCUUCUGUGCCAAGCUGACCGAGAGCAAAUCGAAGCGGGCUACCAUGGUCGGCACCCCCUACUGGAUGGCGCCCGAGGUGGUGAAGCAGAAGGAGUACGGGCCCAAGGUCGACAUCUGGUCGCUCGGAAUCAUGGCCAUCGAGAUGAUCGAGUCGGAGCCGCCCUAUCUCAACGAAGAGCCCCUCAAGGCGCUGUAUCUCAUCGCCACUAACGGCACGCCGCGGCUCAAGAAGCCCGAGAAGCUGAGCAAGGAGCUGAAGGCCUUCCUGUCGGUCUGCUUGUGCGUCGACGUCAAGAGCCGCGCCUCGGCACAGGAGCUGCUCAAUCACGAAUUCUUGAAGCACGGGUGCCCGCUGGCGAGCCUGGCGGAUCUGUUGGCUUUCAAGAGGGUCGCCAAAUAGAGCGAGCGCAUCAGUGUCAGGGUGGGGAACGGUCGGGUGGGGAAGGGAUAGCCGAGGCAAUGAUGUGAUGAUCUGAAGCGUGGCAUUUGGUUUGAAUCGAUAACCGUAUAGCAAGGCAGGCAAGCCGCCCCGGGGG